GAGGUAGCCGCAUAACUCUGAAGCUCCUUCGGAGUGUCUCCAAGCAAAGAACUCCAACAUGGCAAGAGGGCUGAAGAAGCACUUGAAGAGGCUCAAUGCUCCCAAGCAUUGGAUGCUUGAUAAGCUUGGUGGUGCAUUUGCUCCCAAACCAUCAUCUGGACCCCACAAAUCCAGAGAAUGCCUGCCUUUGAUCCUCAUACUCAGGAACAGGCUUAAGUAUGCCCUGACAUACCGUGAGGUUAUUGCAAUCUUGAUGCAGAGGCAUGUAUUGGUUGAUGGGAAGGUUAGGACAGAUAAGACCUACCCAGCUGGCUUUAUGGAUGUCGUUUCAAUUCCCAAGACAAGUGAGAAUUUCCGUCUCCUAUAUGACACCAAGGGACGUUUCCGUCUCCACUCCAUCAGGGAUGAUGAAGCAAAGUUCAAGCUUUGCAAAGUUAAAUCUGUCCAGUUUGGCCAGAAAGGCAUCCCAUACCUGAACACCUAUGAUGGUCGCACCAUCCGCUACCCUGACCCACUCAUCAAGGCUAAUGACACUAUUAAACUGGACCUAGAGAGCAACAAGAUUGUUGACUUUAUCAAGUUUGAUGUUGGUAAUGUUGUCAUGGUCACUGGAGGAAGGAAUAGGGGGCGUGUUGGAGUGAUUAAGAACAGGGAGAAGCAUAAGGGUAGCUUUGAGACUGUCCACAUUCAAGAUGCCACUGGUCACGAGUUUGCAACUCGCCUGGGCAAUGUCUUCACCAUUGGAAAAGGAACAAAACCAUGGGUGCAACUUCCCAAGGGCAAGGGUAUCAAGUUGUCCAUCAUUGAGGAGGCUAGGAAGAGGCUUGCUGCCACCCAAUCUGCAGCUGCUUAAAUUUUAUUUUGUUUGUGGUCAUGUUUUGAUGUGAGAGUUCAUUCGAAUUAGUCUCUUAGUUGCAGUAAUGAUUUUGAAUUGUUAAUUUUGUCCUCCGCAAUUCAGGUUUAUCAUACACUGUUUGGAAUGUUGGUGACAUUUAAGACUACAAUCUAUCGACCUUCUACAUGAAUCCUU